UCUAUCUGCUUGCUAAAAGUCUCUGAGGACGAACGAGAGAGAACCAAAAAAAUGAACAAGGCCCAGGAGUUUCUAGCAUUGACCGAAGAGGAAUCGGAGAGCGUGUCGCGACUCACCGUCCCUCCUCACCGAGUUGGGGUGGAACCGAGUUUCUACGAGGACUUUGUCCUCAGAGGCAUCCGAGUCGACCGGGUGGAACCAGGCUUCGUCGCCUGUACUUUCAAGGUCCCUCCUCGCCUCACCGAUAGCAAUGGGAAGUUGGCUUCAGGUGCAAUUGCUAACCUUGUUGAUGAAGUCGGUGGUGCUGUAGUCCAUGUUGAGGGUCUCCCAAUGAAUGUUUCAGUGGACAUGUCAAUCUCUUUUAUUUCGACUGCGCGGGUUCAUGACGAGUUAGAGAUUACUUCAAGGGUUUUAGGACAAAGAGGAGCUUACUCUGGAACAAUCGUCCUUAUGAGAAACAAAGCAACGGGGGAGAUUAUUGCUGAAGGUCGGCAUUCAUUGUUUGGUAGACAUCCCAGCAAAAUCUGAAUCCAUUUCACAUCAAUGUUAUGAAGGUUAACACAUGUGCAUGUUCUAAAUUCUUCUAGACGGUUGUUCUCUUUUUGUAGUGGAGUGAAUGUAUCUUCAAUUGAAAGAUUUUUUUUCAGUAUUCUGGCAGUGCAUGGAGUUAGGAAUUUGCACUUAGUUUAAUUGCUGUAAAUGUGAUUGGGUAAUCAUUUAGUUAUUAUAAAUUCGACAUGAUAAAGAGAUAUCCGAUAUUUCAUUU